ACUGUUGGUUGGCCGUGCUCUCGGCUGGUUGUUCGCUAGUUCGCUGGCCAUCCGUUUGUGCGUGUCCGUGUGUGUAUGUGUGUGAGUGCGCGUGUGACUUGUCAUGUUGAGGUGUCCAUUUGCCAGCAGGAAAAAGUUUACCCCCACCAGACAUUACGGCUUCCCGAUUGCGUGAAGGAGCGGGUGCGCCCCCUUCUGCCGGACCGCCAUAUUGCAUAUACCGCGGACAUCAAACGCCACGAGUGGCCUCUAGCAAAUCUGAUGGCGCGUGCGGGACCUUGUCGGUGAGCAGCGUUCUUCGGGUAUGAAGGGUCCCUUGGUGCCGCGUUGAUGGUGCAGCGGGGCAUCUGCUCCGGUGCGGCGGCGACGUCAUGAAUGACGCCGCGGACGACGAAGGGGGCGCCGGCGUUGACGCCAUCGCCCUCUACCUGGCCCAGCUGAACCAGCGCAUCCGGCGAGGAUGCACGGCCCACGUGGACCCAGCGGGGCGCAUUUACUACAUGAACCACGAGACACGGACGUCAUCGUGGCUGCCCCCCGUGGACUCGUGGAGCUCGGCGUGUACGGGGCUGCCCUACGGCUGGGAGGCGGCCGUCGACAAGAGCGGCAGGACGUACUUCAUCAAUCACGUGAGCAAAACGACCACCUAUGAGGAUCCUCGUAAGGACUACGAGGAAGAGCCGCCCCCGUCUCCUAGAGAAGUGGAGCUCUUCCGGGACCCACAGCUGGGCUUUGGCUUUGUGGCCGGCAGUGAGAAGCCAGUCAUUGUACGCUUCGUGACGGAAGGUGGUCCUAGCGAACACAAACUCCAGCCUGGGGACCAGAUUCUCGGCAUCAAUGGCGAAGAUGUCAAGAACGCGCCCCGGGAGCACGUGAUUGAGUUGGUCAAAUCAUGCAAGCUCUCUGUCAAGCUGGUCGUCUGUCAACCUCAUGUGAACAAUACAACACGGAAGUCAGCCCUCCUAACUGCCGCAAAGAAAGCAAAGUUAAAGACAAAUCCAUCGAGGGUUCGUUUUGCGGAAGGUGUUGUCAUCAAUGGUUCACCUCUUUAUUGUCCAUCUACGUUCGAGUCCUGCGUUCCCUUUCUGCCCAAUGUUAUGAAAGUGUUUCUUGAAAAUGGUCAAACCAAGUCUUUCAAGUACGACAGCUCAACUACUGUGCAGGACGUCCUCAACUCUCUCCAAGAGAAACUCUCUGUGAAAGCCAUGGAGCAUUUCGGCCUUGUAGUGGAACACAUCAAGUCAGUUCGUCGGAACAAGCUCACUCUCCUCGAUCCAAAGGACUCUCUGGCAAAGAUUGCAGCACGGCCUGGUGCUCACCACUUGCGGUGCUUGUUUCGAGUUGCCUUUGUGCCGCUUGAUGCUUACGACCUGCUGCAAAAGGACCCUGUUGCCUUUGAGUACCUCUUCAUGCAGUGCUGCAAUGACAUGGUUCAGGAGAGGUUUGCUCCCGAACUCAAGUACGAUGUGGCCCUCAAGCUAGCCGCCUUGCACAUCCAUCUGCACGCGCUCAGCAGUGGCAUCCAGGGCAAGGUCACCAUCAAGUCAGUCGAGCGGGAGAGUGGACUCAAGCGGUUUGUGCCUGGCUCGCUGCUAGAGACAAUGAAGCGAAAAGAGCUGCGCAAGCUGCUGAGUCACUUCCUCAAGCAGAACCAGGCGGCGCUUUGUGCCCCUGGACAGAAGCAGCUCACACCCCUGCAGGCCAAACUGCACUACCUCAAGGUCAUCAGCGAGCUUUCCAGCUAUGGCGCCAAGGUGUUUGCCACCAGCACCAAGGACUCAAACACGGAGACGGGGAUAAUGAUAAGCCCAAAGUUUGGAAUCAGCCAGAUCAACAAUGCACGCGGAACAGUGCCUAUUCAACCUGUAACGUUGGCUCAAAUAGAAGAGGUGUCCUCUGUCACAGUCACGAGGGAUGAUGACCUUGUCUGCAAUAUUGAGAUCAACAUCAAAGACCCAGACAAAGAGAAUCUCAAGUUUGGACUUGAUGACCACGAGACAGCUGAGCUGGUGUUCAUCCUCAAGGGGUACCACAAACUGUUGGCAUCACGAGACCUUCCUGUUCACUGGGAGACGGAGGAUCCUUGGAAAGUCGAGACGGCUCCGUGCUUCCAUGGAACUCACAUUGUGUGCCCAACACCCUGGAGCUAUACACCUUCGGAGGAGACUCCAAAUGGCCCAGUGGUGAAGAGCGUGGACCUGUCCCUGCCGCCCCCAACUUAUGUUCCCUGUGAGCUUCCCGACCGCGGCAUGUCGCGAAGCAGCUCGCGGGAGCAGUGCUCUCUGGUGGCCCUGUCCAACUCGGUGGACCAUAACAUGAACGAGACAAGUCCUUUGCAGCCGCUCAGCCCGAGCCGGGUUCUUCGCUCGCCUGUGCUCGGUGCCAGCAAGCUGGAACAACGUUCCCUGCUGCUCACAUCCAAUGGCCACCAGCAGGCUUCGGACUCUGCGUCUUCCACAGCAGACGACGACUCGGAGGAACGAUCAGUCAAGUUCGACAUCAUGGACGAUGACGAUGAAGAGGAGGAGGAGGAGCCUGUUGUACUUGAAGUAAAGAACGAGGAGGUGCUGCGUCGGGUGUCAGAGAUGCGGCGUAUGGUAGCAGAUGCUGAGAGCUAUCUGUCUGACAGCAACCGGCCACCAAACCGGCCACCACUUCCAGCCAACGAGUCGACCAGCAGUGACGAGCGUGAGACAGCCGGCCCCACAAUCCGUGCAGCCGACUCGCUCUUGCUGCUCACGCAACUGGAUGACGUGUCAGAAGCGCUUAACGAAGUUGCAGCUAUGGCUCCAGAUGAAGCAGCGAGUGAGUCAGACACUGACAGCUUCAGCACGCCAACGCAGAGCCCUCUCCACCGGACCUCGAGACUGAUUGCAACGACCGAGCCGUCUGCUCCAAACAAGCGUGGACGCAGUGGCUCCAGUUUUGGCCUUCACAGUCCGGACAUGUUGCCAGGAAUAGGAUCCGGAGACCGUGACCUCCUCGAGUUGCUCAAGCAGCUGCAGUCAAACCCUGACAUCCAGCUUCCGUUCGAUGAGGGAACGUUGUACUUGGACCCAGACAUUAUUGAUCUGACCAUGAUUCCACCUCCGAUGACACCUGAUGCAGAUGCCAUGGGGGAUGUCCCAGGCACGCUGGACGUGCCUCCAAUGCCUUUCUCAGACCGUGGUCUCCAGGGUCAUGCUGCCUUGACAAACUGCACACUGCCGGCUACCGACACCGACCAGGUCGACUCGGCACGUGUAGUGGCCGAAUUGGAUGACCUCUGUGAUGCGCUGACAGAGAUGCGUGCGUCGGGCAACGAGCUGGGCUGCGAUGCCAUUUUUCAGCAGCUGGGCUGCCAAGAUCUGGAGAGUUUCAUCGCGAGUGUGACUGUGCCCCCGCCCCCAACGUUAUCGGAUGACAUGCCCCCAAUGCUGCUGCCAGAUGGCGAUGAUGACAUCGCUUCGUACAUUAUUCCACCACCACCCCCUAGUUGCGAUGAAGAGCAGAACGAAGUGCUGGCCCGUUUUGAGCGUGCCUCCGAGGACAUGCGCCGCAUAAUAGGUGGUGCCAGUACGGCAGCCAACAGUCCUGCCAUGGAGCCACCUGCAUUUGAGAGCCUCAAGGUGCUGUCGUAUGGCAGCCUGCUCGAGCCCGCCAACCCACCAAAUCCCACAGUGAGAGAGCGGCGAGGUUCUGAUGAUAGCCACACGUAUGAGAACUGCGAGCUUUCUAGAGGGCUGCAGGAAACACACUCGGCCCCGCAAUCACUUCAGAAUGGGCUUCACGAGUACGAAGAUGUGGCUUUUGGCAAACCGCGGGUGCCACCAAGACUGCGGAGGGUGGCAGGCGGCGGCGGUAGCUUUGAUUUGGCAGCAGCUGGGACGGCACCAAAGCGAGACCGUACAGGGAGCUGCGACAACAUCCAGGUUUCUGGAAGUUCGCUAGCCCAGCGGCAAGUGGCUCGGUCACAUUCGUGGACGAAUCUCCAGGGUCCCACGAGCCCAGGUUUGAAUAGAAAAGGAACAACAGGAAAGCCUCCACUGCCUCCUGGUCUGUCCCUUUUACAGGAUCAGCCAAAGCAGCCACUGCCAGGUGCUUUGGACCAGGCUGGCUUUGCACGCUCUGGAUCGGCCAGCCCCCACUCUUCUUCGAGUCCGUUGGCCACACGGAGGGCAGGGUCGCUGCGCGCCGGCUCUGUUGGCCGGGCCGGUGGCCGCCAUUUGAGCAGCAGCUCACACGGGCGCUAUCACCAGCGCAGCAGCUCUCUCCACUCAGAAUCUAGCAGUGCUGCCUGUCUCCUGAACGGAAUCAACGGCUGCACCUGCUCUCCACUUAGUUCGGGCAGCCCGCCAGCAGCCUGCCCCAGAUGUCAGGCUGCAGGCGAUGCCGGCAGCUCAAAGCAGCCUGCAGCAGACUCUCCUUUUACGCGCGCACAGGAGGAGGUUUGCGGAAUGGUGCUACGGCUCGAAAAUGCCCUCAAGGCUGGGGACGCUCGAGGCGACGUUGCUACCUCGGCUAGCGAUAGGCACGCCAGGGAGGCCCUGCUUGCCAAGUCGCGUCAGUUUGUGACUGCUUCCAAGGUGUUUGUGCGCAGUGCAAGCGAGAACUCUGAGCAAGUGACCGCGCAGCUGGCCGCGUGUAUGUCGCUGCUGGAUAGCAUGUGUGCAGCUGCUGAGCAGCUGGCCCUCUCUGGCCCCGCCUGGGCAUCCCUGGUCGAACAAGUCAAAGCAGUGGCAGUGGCAUACGCACGUGCCACCGGGGCGGUUGAUGGUGCCACCGUGGGUUCACUCAUGCACCAAGCAACAGACCUGGCUUCAACACUGACGGCACUCAUGCGGACUCUUCGCUCACUGGACAGCUCCUAAUGUGGCCUCCCUUUUUGUUUUUGUUGUUGCCCUUUCUCUCCCCUUGCCUGAGGCUGCUUCCUUUCUCCGCUCUCGGCCCACUUGAAUGGCCUAGAGCCGUUCUCACAUUAGGGCGCUCUCUCACAACUGCAUUUACGAUAGCCAUAGAAUAAGCUGGAAGAAAACGAAAGGUCGAAGAGCAAGAGCUCGGCACCUGCUAACACAUCUGCACUGGCCAAUGCUGCCCCGACGUUUUCCUUUCAUGGUGAGGAAACGUUGCAACAGUGGUGCUACCACAUCCUGCUUUAAGCUUUCUUUUUCCCUCACACGGCCCAUAGGGACCAAAAUAUAGUCCAUCAAUCAGCUCAUUUUGGUCUUCUGGUGCAAGCAGAUCUCGCUUGGGCAGACGAAGUGUGCCUCCAUACAAGGUGCACCAUGUUUCAGAAGAAAUAUAGUCAGCAGGCUUUAUGAGAACAAGGUGCAGCUGUGGGUCACAAUGCUCAGGAAUGUCAUACAGGAUGCUGUGCACAUUUGUGAGCCCGACGAUUGGCGUUGUGGGGGAGCACACAGAUCGUAUAUGGCUUGUUCCCACUACUGAGUUGUUCCUUUUUUUGGCAGCCAUAAUAUUUUUUUAAGGAACAAGAGCGAACGCAAGUUCCCCACCAAGCUUUUGCAGUACUGUUGUAAGCGAAAGAAUGCAAGGAAGUGUUCUCUAAAGCGACGUGGAUUGGUGUUUGGCUCAGAUUGAAGCCAUCAAGGAAUUCCAUGAUUUGCAACUUGCAAAAUAAGUGCAGUUUCUGCAAUGCUGUGAGUUUGGUGAGCAUUCAAAUUCAUGGGCCAAAUCCUGUGCAUGAUGAAGUUUUUUAACAGAGCCAUGCAGCAGCGCUCGGGUAAUAUCAGCAAGCGUAAAUUCUCGAGGCUGUACUAAAAAACAUUUUCAAGGACAAGAUAUUGCGUAUUGGCUGGAGCUGUGGAACUCGGUGUAAGCUUAGUAAUCAUUUAGCAGGCAGGGAACGAUCUCCGUAAUUUUUAUAUCGCAUAAUUAGCAUAAGGAAAUACAGUACAAGCUAACACCUCACACACCAUUAGUGUAAAACAAACUUCAUGCGAUAUCCAUUCACACUACCACUUAAUACAGUACUUGCGAGCUUUUCCACUUUGCGAUAUCCCGUCGUAAUGCAUUUGUUGAGUACAUCAGGAAUUAAGGGGGUGUCGUUUUCAUGUUGAGGAUCCGAAAGCAUUUACAGUCUCGCGAACCACUAACACUUCCAUGUUGGCUUAUUGAUAAUUACUUUUGUAGACCACUGAACACACAUUUCAACAUGGCUUUCAAUGCCCUGAAUUGGAAUUUGAUGCAUUAAUUUCAGCUGAUGACACCUUGCAUAUUCUACAAGCACCACCAGAAGCAUUGAAAUGUCAUCCAAUGUUCUGCUUUGUAGGGAGGCACAAUGCUGGAUGUUGCACCAUGUAAGCGUGAAAUUGCCGUUGAAAGCUUCGUUGUACAGCCCUCAGACAUCUGCCGAUCGCUGCUGCAGCUCUAAAAUCUGUGCACCCCAAAGCUUGUGAGCCUUCCAUUUAUCAGCGUGGUAACGCGACAAUUGUUGGCCAGUGUGUGCUGCUGUCUGUUGCACGUGCUGUUCUUUUUCUUUUUUAGUGGCUGUAAAAUUGUAGGAUUCAGCACAGGACUACAAGAUAGGGAGAUCACAAAAGGGAAACCAUAAACGAUACUCAAGCUUUUAUCUUUUUUUUUUUUUACAAGUAUAUUAAGAAUGGGAUGUCCAAGCUUUUUUGUUUUACUGUCCACUAUCUCACAGAGUUGCCUUGAAAAACGUGUCAGCCGACACGCAUUCAUACACAUGUACGAUAUGUAUCUCUUGAAUGUUGCAGAUAUAGAAAAUAGGUCUGUCAACCUCGUACAAAGCUUUUGCGACAUGUCUCCAGCCAUGGUGGCCACAAGAUGAAAGGAAAAGUGUCUCAGCAUUGCCAUUUCUUGAGAAAGCUUUUAUAGAACAAGUAAAUGCAUGCAGGUGGACAAUUUCAGUCCCGAUGGAACGCAGGCACCGCAUCUCAGUUGGUCUCGUGAAAUGAUCAAAGUUUCCACUCUGAUGCUGAUAUGUUAGUUAAGCACUAGCUUGUUCAGUUCUUUCAAAUCUGUGGAGGCAUGCACAUUCAACAGAGUGAAAUAAUGAAUCACUGCAAGCAUCCAAACAUGCUAAGCAGCCAAGAGUUGAAUAUUACUUCCAAGUUGAAUGGCUGAUCACGCACCCUUGUUGUAUUUUUAAUCACUAACUCUUUAACUGCUGGAAUAGACUUGCAAGGUUGGGCUCAAGGCAAGAACUGUUGACGAAACAUGGCAUUUCGGUGAAACAUGGACAAACAGCACAUAUGAGCAUGCAUGUUUUCUUCCAGCAUGUUUCACAAAUUCUCUAUUUUUUGCUCAAGACCUUGUCCCCAGUCAUGGAGCUCGCAAAUCUACCAUUCUUAUGGCUGUAUGAAUGAGGUCCAAUAUUAUCUGACAACAUUAAAACUAAAGUUCUUUAAUGUAUAACAAAAACACACAAACUUUUGGUUGAGGAAUAAGGAUUAUAAACAGGGAUAAGGUGCCUCAGAAAGGCUGGCCAACGUUUCGAUAGGAGGACCUAUCUUCGUCAAAGGCGGCCUUCGUCAUCCUCGGCGGGUUAGUUUUAAAGGGUUAGUUGAGUGACGUCACGUCGAUGUCGGCUGUGGCUGGCUGUAAAGGGAGAGGCUGUAAAGAGAGUCUCUCCCUUUACAGCCAGCCACAGCCGACAUCGACGUGACGUCACUCCACUAACCCUUUAAAACUAACCCGCCGAGGAUGACGAGGCCGCCUUUGACGAAGAUAGGUCCUCCUAUCGAAACGUUGGCCAGCCUUUCUGAGGCACCUUAUCCCUGUUUAUAAUCCUUAUUCCUCGUGUGCUACUCCAUUAGUCAGCCACCGUUUUUGAUUUUAAACUUUUGGUUGAGUGCACAGGAAACAUCACAGGUACUAACUAACAAACCCUCGAGCAGCAUCCUGGGCACUUUUUACUGCUAAUCUCGUGUCCAUCAUGGCCAACAUUGGAAAAAAAAAAAGAAAGACAAAAGAAAGAAGGACCUUACUAGAUGUUUCAUUUUCUUUUCACAAAAAGUGCUCGCGAAAAACGAAUAUUUCUGCUGAUAUACCUUCUCAGUGGAAUGUAUUGUUGAACGCCCAAGUUUUAUGUUUGUGCGAGAACUUCUAGAUAUAUUUGUUGUUACCGUAGUUCAGCUGGCUCAUUUUCAAGAAAACUUGUUAUAACAGAGCAUUUAAAUGGCAUUUUGUACGUCGAAUGGAAGAGGAGUUCUUCCUGUGUGUUAUACACUCUUUUUGGUUUUUUUGUUGUGGUGCAAUUUUUUUGACGUGCAAUUUUAAACAUGGACAGAUGCUCGCGCUUUUAAGGGAGUUUUCGUGCAAGGCCAGCAAUACAAGACACCAUCACAGAAUCUCAAGAGUCAGAAAAAAAGAAAACUAUCUGAGCACUGAUAAUUUCACAUUCUCAUUAAGCCUGGUCGGGGCGGGGGUUGUAGCAAUAAAGAACAUUACCAAGAGCUGGCUUGUCAUCGCAGUACUGCAUUGAGAAUGAUCCACAGUAUAUCUCACAAUUACAGGAAGAGAGAGAGAGAGAAAGAUGUUGCUGUUGUAAUAAGAUGUAUUUUUCUCCUGUGUAGUUAUAUGUUUGUUAAAAAGCUGUCAUUUGCAUGUACCAGAUAAGAUGAACAAAAUAAGCCCAGGGCCCUUGCAUCGUUAGGUGCGAGGACCAUGACACCGGCAUUUUUUUAACAAUUGUUGAAUGGAAGUUGCUCAUGUCAAUCCCACAUGUACAAUAACAAAAAAAAAAAGGAGCUGGGACAAACACACACACACAAAAAAAAAUGUGACACACAUGGAAGAUACAUUCAGCUUUUUAUUUCAAUAAUAAAGACUUUUAAAAACAAA